AUGUCGGCGAGUCACACGUCCGGUUCAGCAUUCAACCAUGUCGGAAUCUCCGUCCCAGACUGCGAUGCCGCAGUAGAGUGGUAUAAAAAAACGUUCGGAUAUGAACUGCUCCGGCCAGUUUUGCAUGUCAAACGGAACGAGAUGCCUGAAGCCUUCAUAUUCAAGAUCUUCGAUACCGCAUUGAAGGAAUUCAAAAUUGCCUGGCUGGUCUCUGAGAGUUGUGCGGUGGGCCUGGAGCUCUUUCAGUUCAUUGAGCCCAAACACCGCCGUCCUGAGGGGAGCGAAUUCGACUACUGUCGGAACGGAUUCUUUCAUGUGUCCAUCACAGUCCAAGACCCGAUGGCCGUCUGCGAGACGGUAGUCGCAGGUGGUGGUAGUAUGCUUGGUGAACCGGUCUCCAUGCCCCGGGGGAAUGUAGUAGUGUAUGUUCGGGAUCCCUGGGGAAAUACGAUUGAGCUCCUGGAUGGAACAUUUCGGCAGAUCGUUUCAGGGGAGCAGAGCCAGUGA